AUGUCUUCAUCGUCCCGAGACUUCAACCGACGGCGCAAGAGCUGGGCGCGGCACAUUGAGCGAUGCUGUUGCGGAGCGCUUGCCUACUUCCCUCUGGUCUUCGUCUACGGCCUGCUGUCGUGGGCCGGCUGGGUCCAGAUCAGCAUCGGCUUCUGGCCCAACGAGGGGAAGUGGACGGGCAAGACGUCGUCCCUGGUCGGAGUCGUCCUCUACUCGCUCGCCGUUGCCUGCUACACGAUCGCUGUCUUUAAGGAUCCCGGAUCUCCCACGACCUCGCCUGCCACUGGCGGCUACGCUUCCCUGCCUACGCAUGAGUCGCCAACCUACACGUCGCUCACGGCAAAGUCGUCGGGCAGACGGCGAUACUGCAAGAAGUGCAACUCGAUCAAGCCCGACCGCACCCACCACUGCAGCUCCUGCAACCGCUGCGUCCUCAAGAUGGACCACCACUGCCCCUGGCUAGCCACCUGUGUCGGCAUGUACAACUACAAGGCCUUCCUGCUGUUCCUAACCUACACGUGCCUCUUCUGUUGGCUCUGUUUCGCAAGCGCUACCGAGUACGUCUGGCGCGACAUCUUCGACGAGACCAAGAUAGAAGAAGGUCUGCGCAUCGUCAAUGUCAUUCUGCUUGCUGUUCUGGGAGGAAUCAUUGGUCUCGUCCUGACCGGCUUUACUGCCUGGCAUAUCUACCUGGCUACCACUGGCAAGACGACUAUUGAGAGCCUGGAAAAGACCCGCUACUUCAGCCCCUUGAAAAAGAGCAUGGAACGUCAGAUACACAACCAUGAGAGGCACUAUAUGAACGACGAUCCUGCAGACGAGCCUACGCUAGGGGAACAGCUCAAGGAGAUCCACGCGAAUGCCGUACCCGGUGUCACCAGGCCUGAAGAGGGUCUCGAAUCGCGCGACCCCACUCCUCUGCCGACUCAGCACUCUUCGUUCGAAUCUCCUGCCUCGGACAGUCUGCGUCGCAACUACGCAAGUCUGGAAGCCGACCGCGAACGGGAACGCUACACCGAGUACCUAGAUGAACAGGACAGCGACAAACUACCACAUGCCUUUGAUCUCGGCUGGCGACGGAACAUGCUCGAUCUCUUUGGACACACACCCUACCUAUGGUUCCUGCCCGUGUGCAAUACCGAAGGAGACGGCUGGAGAUGGGAGGUCAGCGCUCAUUGGAUCGCUCGCCGUGACGAAGUAGCUCGCGAUCGUCAGUCGAGAGAAGAAUCAGAACGACGCUCAUGGCGCGACUAUCAGGCUCAGCGUGCUCAACAGGGUGCUGCUGCGUUCGGUGCGGGAAGAUACUUUGGAGGCUCGGCUCCUGCGCAACAAUAUCAGCAAUACCAACCUCAACAACAGCAACCACACCUCCAGCCCACGUGGACCGGAACACAAGAAGACGAGGAUGAAGGCAGAUAUCUCACCACUACUAAUGGUGUGGCUCGUGUGCCUCUCGCUGGUCGUCGCUCGCCCUCCAAAGCAGCACAGAUUCUGGGUCAAUACCAACAGCCAGGAGGCAACCCACCGGCACACUUCACACGUCGCAAGACUGAUCCUGAUGAUAUUGACGAAUACGACACCAGUAGCGAUGAAGAAGGGUCACGACCAUCCAGUCGACCGCUGCCGCAAACACGCGAUUGGAAUGAUAUUCCUGACGACUUUUUAACGUCUGCUACAACGAAACCGAAACGAGACAGAAGUGGCAAUAGGACCAAGGGUGACUAA